AGAGCACUACACAGAACAAGAGCCCCCUGCUUAGGGUGUUCCUUCUCUUAGUUCAAGAGGUAGAAGCUUGUGCUUUGGGUGGUGAAGAUCUGAAGUUCAAUCAUGGAGGAUAACAGUGGUGGCCUUAUGUUAACAGACAUAUUUCAGAACUGUGGGCCAGAUCCUCAACAGGUGUAACUCGCCAUAGUUUCCUUGACAUCUGUGGAGUUAUGCCAGUUUAUACCAGCUAAAUAUCUGAUCUAAUGUCCCACAUCCACCUAGAAGACUGAAAUUAAAUAACUAAGAAACAUGUCUCUUCUGAAAUAUUCUGUCUAAAUACAGUUCCAUUUUUGUGCCAUCUUCUGUUCCGAGAGGAUAAAAAGUAAGUGCUGUAAUUGCUACAGGAAUGUUAUGUGUUUGGGAAUGGUCUGUGUUAUCGCAAAUAGAAAGGGGAGUGUGGUCUGCAUGAUCAUAACUGUGAAGGGUACCAGAAAAUACUUGGAGUAGAAUCCCUUCCCUCUCUGCUGGAAUGCAACUGUUUCUAUGUCUCCUAUGCAUAGAAGAGAGAUGACUUCUUGUCUCAGUAACUGUUCAUGAGAUAAAGAGGGUCGGUAAAGAGGGUGGGGUGAGGGAUAGAAGUGAAACAGAUUGAGUAACCUGAUGUUAUGGCCUCCAACACCCAUCUGUUAGAUGUAAUCUGUUCCCAAGCAGGUUGAAAAUGGGAGAAUCAUCUCCAAAGGGAGGGAGGUGAGUGCAAGUGAACGUUCAUGAGGUGGGGAUGUUCCAAGCCCUCAACCAAGCCAUCCAAAUUGACGGUUGGAUGAAGAGGACAGCUGUGUGGUGGUAGCAGUCACAGCAUGUAUAUGCUAAGGGCUCUUAAGUGUGGCUCUGGAAUCUUUCAAAGUCUGGAGAGAUUCAUCUGUUGACUCAUAGGAGAAUUUAAGUCCAUCAAAAGGGAAGUCUUCUACAGUAUUCUGGACCUCCCUAGGAAAACCAGAUAGCUCUAGCCAAAGUGCUCUACUCAUGACAACAUCAGUAGAUGUGCAGUGGGCUACUGUGUCUCCUGCAUCUAGGGAAGCUAUCAAAAUCGGCUUUUUCUAAGAACUGACCUUCAGCUAUGAUGGUCUUGAACUGCUCACAGUGUUCUACAGUGUCCUUGCCCAAAGAGGCUAGGUGGCUGCCUUGGUCCAGCAGAGAUAGAAGGCCCUGCCAAGGCAAUGAAAGAGGAUAUUACUUUUUUGUCCAGGAAAGAAAAAAAGUUCCUUCCCUUUUCAUGUUCCGCAUCAAAGCAGCAUUAGAAGAUGUUAAUCUGCUGAAGACUCCAGAGUAGAAGAAGGAACAAUUUUUCCAGGCCUCUGGUAGAAGACGGCCAUCUGUCUAUGCAAAGGAGAUAUUUUAUCACCUGGUGAUUGAUCAGCAUAUCAGUGACUGGAGAGGACUAUGCAGUGUUGUUGUAGCCGUGUUGGUCCCAGGAUAUUAUAGAGACAAGUUGGGUGAGGUAAUAUCUUUUAUUGGACCAGCUUCUGUUGGUGAGAGAAACAAACUUUUGAGCUUACACUACUAUGCUGCUGGGGUGGAAGGAAGAGAAUGGGGAAAGUUUUGCCCUGCCCAGGUAUAUCAUAGAUUGUCUUGAGUUUCUUGAAAGAGAACUCGAAAUAAUUAGGCGUCAGCAAUUCCUCCCAACAUAUAUUUGUGAGCUUCUAAAGUGCUUUGGGAUGUCUCUGAAUGAAAAAUACUAUGUAAAGGCUAGAUUUGGUAUUCACUGCCCAAAUCUUUAACACUAAAAUAAGUUCAACUGGCAAUGCCUCAUGCACUUGCAGAAUGGGAAGUGCACCUAUACUUAAACCUCUGAAAACAAGGAAGUGCACACAGCUCAGCCUUGCAACUUACAUUUUGGCUCCCUGGAACUGAGGAUGUACUGUAUAUUUCAGCCUGGACCGUCCUAUAAUCAGGCAUAAGAAAUGACUAAGUAAAUGUGACAUUUCAUAUGAUGUGUUGUGCCCCACAGGAUUGUAUUCUCAUUUGUCUGCAUGCAUUCCCAACUGGCCUUCACUGUGUAGGGGACAACUGUACUGACUGACACAAGAUUAUUUGCAGCAGGUUGCCACAGCUCACAUGGCAAUAUGAGAAGUGCAUCUGCGCCCAAAGGAAUCACUACACAGACCCCCCGUUUCUGUGCUGUUUCAUUGGUUGUGCAAGCAGAGGAGUACAAUAAUCUAUCAUCACUACAGGGCAGAGGAGGAAGAUGAAGAAAAAAAGAAUGAAAAACAGGGGCAGGGGGGAGAUAAGAAAGAAUGUUCUUUUUCUUGGCAGGGUCCCAAGGAGGGGCCCCAAAAAUGAAGCUCAGCACAGGGCCCCAGUAACUCUUAAUCCACCACUGCCCAGCUCCCAGAAUCCUGUGAUUAUGUGAUACCCUCCCCUUUCAUUUUUUUAAAAAGCAGGUUGCCAGGCCUCUUAGACGAAGAGAGAAACUUGAAACUCUGAACCCUAAAUGUUCAAAAAACAGAAGGCAAAUAAAAAAGAAACCAUCAUUAUUAUGUUAAGCCCAUCUCGUGUUUUUUGGGGAGGCCUGACAUCAUUUUGAAUUCCUGGGAGUGGCAGUUCUCAUAUUCACCCCGCCUCGCCUAGCGCUCACGCGGGGAGACCCUGGGGCUGCUGUCUCUAGUGGAGAAAUCCUGUUGAACGUGGUGGUGCGCACCGCAGACGUGCUGCACCCUGCACAGUCCAUAGGCUGCUUUAAACCAUCCGCGGCUGCAGCGCAAAGGCUUGUUGGGCGUUCCGCACGUCAGGACAGAGCAGGGGCCCGGCCCGGUCGGUUUUAAACUACAUCUCCCAGAAUCCGGCGCGUCUCACGCCUAUGCUGCCACCGAUGAGCCUGAGAGAAGAGGGUUCGGGUAGCCGCGGCGGCGGCAGCAGCAGGCGGAGGAGAUAGCGGGUGAGAGGCGCGCGGGGCGGCGCCGGGUGGACGCUCCGUGAGGGAUCGGUCUGGUACUGCAGAGCCUCCGGCGCCUCGCUGUUGUGCGCCUGCCGCUCCCCCUCUCAGCCCCCGGGGGCUGCUGCAGAGGCUGGUUCCAGCUCCCGUCGCUGAUGCCAUGCUAAGCCAAGAGAUCUCCGCAUCCUACCAGGAGCUGAGUGAGGAAGUGGAGCACGUAGCUGAGCAUCUAGAGCCAGUGGAGGAAGGGGAAAUGGACGAUGAUCAGGAGGAUACCAGCUCUGCUAUUUUACCAGUCCUAGAUAGUGAAUCAGGGACCAGUAGCCCUUCUGUGCGUUUCAGCAAGACCUGCCUAAAGAAUGUCUUUUCCGUAAUUCUCCUCUUCAUUUAUCUGCUGCUCAUGGCUGUAGCUGUGUUCCUUGUCUACCAAACUAUCACCGACUUCAGGGAAAAGCUCAAACACCCGGUGAUGUCUGUCUCUUACAAGGAGGUGCCCUUGUAUGAUGCACCUGGUAUUGCACUUUACCCAGGCAAGGCUCAGCUGCUUAGCUGCAAGCAUCAUUACUAUGAUCACAUUCCGCCUCUGAUAAACCCAGGUCAGCCAGGAGAAAUUGAGUGCAUCACUCAGAGAAUCAACUACACAGAUCCUUUUACUAAUCAAACCAUGAAACAUGCUUUGAUUGUCCAAGGACCUCGAGAUGUGAAGAAAAGGGAACUGGUGUUUUUGCAGUUCCAUUUAAAUGAAACAGACCAGGAUUUCAGUGCAAUAAACUAUCUUCUGUUCUCUUCUUUCCAGGACUUCCUCAGCAGUCCAGAUAAAACAGAAUUCAUGAAAGACUGCGAAAGCUCAUACUCCAGCUGGAAGUUCUCUGGUGGUUUUCGAACCUGGGUCAAAAUGUCCUUGGUGAAAACCAAAGAAGAAGAUGGGCGUGAGACUGUGGAGUUCAAACAGGAGACUAGUGUGGUUAACUACAUUGACCAGAGGCAUAAGCCGGCAAGUGACCAAUUGUUUUUUGUGGUAUUUGAAUGGAAAGAUCCUUUUAUACAAAAAGUUCAAGAUAUUGUCACUGCCAAUCCUUGGAACAUGAUUGCUCUACUCUGUGGUAUUUUCUUGGCUCUGUUUAAAGCAGCAGACUUUGCCAAACUAAGUGUUAAGUGGAUGAUCAAAAUCCGCAAGAGGCACCUGAAGAGAAGUCAAGCAAUGAACCACAUAAGCUGAGGACUAAACCACCUUUAGAACAUUUUUAGUACACUGGAUAAAAUUUCAACCAACAAUGCAGCAGUUACAUAAACUAACCAGAGUUGUGUGUUUAAGGAGAACUACUUACCUUUGCUGAAGUGACAGCAUAAAUGAACUGACACGAACCUUAAGAGGCUAACUCUGAAGAACAAGCCUACUAAACAUGUCUUUUUAAAAAUGUAAGUUAUGAACUUCUUUACCAAGCUUGUGUCAAUUUAUUGGGGGUGGAAUGGAAUUCAUAAAGUAACAUUCAAAAGGUCAGCUUAGAACAGAAUACAGACAUGUUUGUAUUUAGUUUGGGUCUAGACAGUAGUUUAAGCUUUUCUCCAUGAGCUAAAUGGACUGCCCCUGCUACCGUAAGAGUGCCCCGAAUCAGUAAAGUGACUUGUCAUCCUCAGUCUGAUCUUCCCAGGCAUAGUUAUUAUCUGUGACCAGAAAGGAGCAAAGCACUUACAAGAUCAAUGUAAAAAUGGGUCAAAAGGUUUAAUUUCCUAAAUCUCCAACCUAUUACAUAGAACAUAGAAUACCUUGGAUUUUUAUCAAACAUUUCCCAUUUGGUUAAGAUGCACUGACUGUGUAUUAAAGCUACUUUAAAAGCAA